UCCCGCCGAGGCCGCAUGCCCGAACCCGCCGGCCCCAUUGGCCUCUGCAGUCACAUGCCGGGCGGCGGCGGGGCCCCCGCUCCUCCCUCCAUCCCUCCGUCCCUCCCUCCCUCCCUCCGAGCCGAGCCUCCCCUCCCUCCCUCCGCCGGGCUGAGCGCUGGGAGCGGCCGCGAUCGCACCAUGAGCACCCUCAAGGUCUACAGCACCUCGGUGACCGGCUCCCGGGAGAUCAAAUCCCAACAGAGCGAAGUAACCCGAAUCCUCGAUGGGAAGAACAUCAAAUACGAGCUGGUGGAUAUCUCCCAGGACAACGCUCUCCGGGAGGAGAUGAGGGCGAAGGCAGGCAACCCCAAAGCCAUCCCCCCACAGAUCUUCAAUGGAGACCAAUACUGUGGGGAUUACGAGCUCUUUGUGGAAGCGGUGGAGCAAAACACUCUGCAGGAAUUCCUGAAGUUGGCCUGAGCCCUGCUUCCCCUGCCAUCCUGGACUCUACCUGCAUUCCUGAGCGCCCUCAUCUCCGACCACCUUCACCUYCAGGCUGCCAGCGCUGUCCUGGCACCACGACUCGUAUCCCAGCACAGGGAAAAACCCAUGACCAAAACUCCUCAUUGCAGCUGCCUCCAAUCCCUCCUGCCUAACCCAAAAUCAUCUCYGAGGGAUCCAAAGAAAGAGCGACGCUCGCUGCGCUUGGCCUGUGAGCAGAGCUGGGCCUGGCUCACGGCAGCUUCCAGUGCCUCUGUAAACAGCAAAACCUCCGGGGCUGUGCGAGUGCAGUGGCCCUCAGCCCCCUCCCCUGCCUCGGGAGGGAAGGGCUCAGGGCUGUGGCACUUCCCACUUCUCCCAGUUGCUGUUAAAAUUGUAAAUUCUGCUGCCUCACUUCCUUUUUUUUUCCCCUUUUUCCCCCUUCUUCAUCUCAACCGCAGAGAUUAUGGCAACUAAGUAAUAUUUUUUUGUUGUUGUUUGUCUUAAUUUAAUGCAAAAGUACUGCACAGAGUAGGGGGUGUGAGCACCCACCGUGGAGGAGCUGGGGUGAAGCUGCCUGGGGGAUGGAUGGGGCUGAAGUGGGAUCUGUGCUACUCCAGCCUUUCUUUGCCCUGAGCAGGGCUCCCUUGUGAGCAUUAAUGGCUCAAGGCUGCCCCAGAACAGCUGAUGCUCCAGCUGGCUGAUCUUUCCUCUUUGAGUUGGCUUUUUUUGCAAUCCUGGACCAAGUGCAUUUUGUUUUCCUGCCAAAAAGCAAGUUUAUAACCAGUGUUGUCUUCCGAGAUGCUAUUAAAUGUUACUGUACCUUUCACGUCA